AUGCUUUUGCUUCGAAGAGCAUCCGCUGUUUAUCCUGUAAAAGGUUCCAGAAAGUUUGGUUCGCUGCAAACGGUAGCGGACACAUUUGUUCAAUUACAUGAUGCAUCAGGCUUGCCAUGGUUGGUACUCAUUCCUUCUGCAACUUUCGCAUUGAGAACAGCACUGACCUUUCCUUUAAGUGUGUGGCAACGGAAACGUAUAGUCAAGCAACAAGAACUCCGAAAGGUAGUACAGAGUGUUCCACCUGUGGUGAAAUUGAGAUUAGCCUCAAUGACCGCUAAGGCCAAUGAGGAAGAAUUAUCCAGCUCUGGCAGCAAAAUAUCUACCAAGGAAGAAACCGUUGAUGCUCUCCAAAGAAAAAAGAGACAAUUAACUCCGGAACAGAUUACUAUGCUUUCACUUAAAGAAAUGCGCAAAAGACAAAAGUCCCUCUUCAAGAAAUACAAUGUACAAAUGUGGAAAAACAGUAUACUACCAUUAGUUCAGGUACCUUUAUGGGUUAGCAUAUCUAUGGGACUAAGAACUCUCACAAAUGAGAGACUUGUAGAUACGAACAUGCCUCACGGUCACAUUUUGCAGGAUCUUUCUGAAACGAAUUGGUUGACCUAUCUCGGUUCUCUUGACCUAAGUUUACCAAUUGAUGCCGCUCCAAUGUUACUUCCAAUCAUUUUGGGGACAGUUUCCAUGAUUAACGUGGAGUAUAAUGGGAAAAUGAUGCAGGCCACAACAAUUGGAACAUCUGGGAUUACGACAGCUACCGAUACACAGUCAGCGGCCUCUCAGACGUUGAACAGUAUUCUAACUGCUACCAGAAUCAGUACAAUAUUUUUGAUUGGUGUUUCGACCCAAGCAUCGUGCCUACUCUCUUUGUAUUGGAUUAGUUCUCAGGUAUUUUCGUUAGUACAAAAUCAGAUUCUCGAUUGGCUAUGGCCAUACCAGAGGUAA